UUCGUACCUUUAAAAAUAUUGGACGUGGUAAAAAAAAUACCGCUGGACGUAAUUCAGAAAUAAAAAAUGGCUGACAAAGAGCAAGUGAUUCAAGCCUUGCGAGCUACACUAAUUUCGGUUAAAGGUGCACUUACACUAAAGCAAUGUAACCGUGAUUAUAAAGAAUUGCAAGGGGAAUGGAUACCUUUUAAGAAAUUAGGAUAUUCAACUCUUGAUCAACUGUUCCAAGAUGUUCCUGGUUUUAAAAUCAGAAAUAUUAAUGGAGAAUGGUAUGUUGAUGCUGUAGCAAGCCAAGAAAGUCAGCAUAUUGCAUCCAUGGUUGCUCGGCAGAAAUCAAGCAAGAAGCCAGCAAAACUGAAUUAUCCUAGUCGAUUUCCAAAAAAACAAGGAUCAUGGCGGAAACCAGCACCAGCAUCCAAUUAUCAAACAAACUAUAAUAACCAGUACUCCAGUCAAUAUUACAGAGUUAAAACUAACACUCCUUUUAAUAAUAACAAUAACAGCUACAAUGGCAAGGCUAAUAAAUAUAAUAAAACGAAUGAAACGAAAACUAUUUAUCCAAACACGAAACAAACUUUAACGAAAACAAUAAGCGACAAUGGAGAGAAAGUAACAUCAAAUGUGACAAAGAAAUUUUCUUCGCAAAUUUCACGAGAUGUUAUUUAUGGCGAAGAGUUAAAGCAUUCCAUAAAAAAUGAAACAGAGACUGAUAACAAAAGCACAGGAAAAAUUUCAGCGUCACAGAGAUUAUCAAACUUACGAGACAGACUGAAUACAGAUUUGAUACCAUUACAAUUACCAGCACAUAAUAAUUAUUUGGAAAGUAGUGAUCCUGUGGCGCAUGUUGUUCAAGCCCAUAAUUUAGAACCUCCACCAGAUUCAACAUCUUCAAUUGUUAAACUUGAAUGGACUUGUAAGAAAUUGGGCUUACCACAACCAGUAUAUAAGGUUCAAGAUAUAAGGCCUAAACGAGGUCCUGUUAGUUAUGAUUGCACUGUCAAGGUUGGGAAUGCAUAUUCAGUGUCAUCAUAUCCAGAUUCUUCCCCAAGUGAAGAAUUAGCUAAGGAAGUUGCUUCAGAAAAAUUGCUCUUAAGCAUACAAAGUUCAGAAGCAGGUGGAUUGCCAACUUCUUCCAAUAACAAAGCUAUAACUGGUCUGACAGAACUUGUGUCUGAACAUGAAGCAGGACUUUUUGCCAGUAUUGCUCCUCAUUUGUAUAGGGAGAAAUAUAAUGAAAAUUUGCCUAACAAUUGGUUAGAACUUGUGGAGAGCUGUCCUUACAUCAUUAAAGAUAAAGUUGUUAAUGGACUUCUAGUUCUUUUACCUAAUAAUGAGGAUUCUAGAUUGACAUCUAUUGAGACAACUCUACUUGAUGAUACCAUAGAUAGUGACUUACCAGCAUUACAGUUCCCUGAAGAUGACUUUUGGAAUGUUUACAUAACAGUAGCUAAUUCAACACUUGAAAUUUGGUUAAGAAUAAUUGGUCCACAGUACAGUGAUCUUUUUGAAGUUCUUCUUGCAGAUAUGGCUAAAUAUUAUGAACAUUCAGGUGCAACAGUUGAUAAAUCAAUGAUUAUUAUAAAUGCUUGGUAUGCUGUAAACUUGGAUGAUGGUGGAUGGCAAAGGGCUAAAAUAUUAGACAUAGAAGAUGAAACAGCCACAGUGUUUUUGGGUGAUCAUGGGGAUGAUGAUACAGUUUACUUAGAUAAAAUAAAAAUACUAGAACCUCAAUUUAGAAGACUGCCUGCUCAAGCGAUCCUGUGCCGCUUGGACGGUGCCGAGGAGUUGUCGGCUAGCGCUAUGGGCGCGGAGCUGGUGGCGCGGCGGCUGCCCGGCGAGGUGCUGGUGGCCGCGCCGGGGCCCCGCACCGACCCCGCCGACCCCUCUGUGGCCCUCGUGCUCUAUGACACGUCGACGCAACGCGACCUCAACUUGAACAAAGAAAUUGUGCACGACUUCUGCAUCGCCGGCGCAUUCACUUUGACACAGAAGCCGUGCGAGGUGGAGGUGGGGUGCGUGACGGAGGAGGGGCGCGUGUGGGUGUCGCGCGCGGGCGGCGCGGCGGUGGUGCGCAGUGCGCUGGCGCUGCUGACGGCGGGCCCGUACCGCCGCCCGCUGCCCGCCGCGCCGCAGGCCCCGCCGCCGCACGCCGCCGCGCUCUACAUCGUGCGCACGCUCGCUGGCGACUGGGUGCGAUGCACUAUAAUCAGCGGUUUAGAUGGCGAGGGCACGGUGCGCACGCUGCUGGUGGACAGCGGGCUGAUCCUGCGCGCGCCGCUCUCCUCCCUCGUCCCCCUGCAGACCUUCUCGCCGGCGCUCAACGCCUACCCCUAUCAGGCGAUGCAAGUGCGGCUGGGCUCCGCCGAGCGCGCGGCGGCGGCGAUGGCGGGGCGGCUGCGCGAGCUGCUGCUGGGCGUCAGGGUGCUGUGCCGCGCGCUGCCCGCCGCGCCGCAUGCACAGGGCCCGCCGCACGUCGAGCUGUUCGUGCGCACCGGCCCGCAGAAGAUACUGCUCUCUGUGAACAACUCGAUACUCGCCGAAUACGACUGCUUGCAACUCGGCAAGCUGCAAGACGAGGACAAGGAGACGGAGGUGCCGAACCACGUGGAGGCGUUCAACAAGAAGAAGGAGCGGAUAUUCCGCACGUGCUCGGGCGGCGGCGGGCGCGCGGACGACAAGCCGCGCCUGCUGCCGCCGCCCGCGCUGCCCGCCAUCGGACAGUGCUUCGACGUGCACAUCACUAUGGCGGCGCACCCGUGGAACUUUGUCGUGCAGCCGAACAGUUCCAGGCACACUCUGCAGACAAUGAUGGAGUCAUUACAAGUUGAGUGUCCUAAAAUGUCGGAGGAUGAAGCUCCUGCAAACCCAGCCAGCGGCGAACUCUAUACAGCAUACUACGAUAAAGAUUCGUCGUGGUAUAGGGUGGUGAUAGCGAGCUGCGUGUCGUCGGAGAUGGUCUCCGUGUACUUCUGCGACUACGGCGACCUGGCGAUACUGGCGAGGGGCGCGCUGCGGCCCGUGCCGGCCGCCGUGCCGCUCGCGCGCUCGCUGCCGCCGCAGGCCAUCAAGGCGCGCCUCUACGAUGUAUGGCCUCUGCACCAAGACUGGUCAGUAGAAGACUGUUUAAAAUUCCAAGAAUUGUGCGUCGAGCAACAAUUCGUUGCGAUAUGUAAAGAUGUCGGGAAAGACCCGUUGAAUCCCAGCGAAGCCUUGCUCACACUGGACCUUAUUGACACAUCCACUGACGAAGACAUAUAUCUCAACAAACAACUAGUGGCCGAAGAAAGAGCGCGGCUCGGGUCCGCAUCAACCGAGAAGAAAUAAACGACGUUACACGACCCGAAACCUUGUGUUUUACCUAAGCUCAGCUAUACUUCAUGCUUUGCUUCAUAUGGGUUUGACCGUGCGUGUAGUUCACUUGUAAUCUAAUGAAGAGGUAUCCAUUAUAAAUACAUUUUCCAACUAUAUUUAUAUAGAAACAGAUGAUUUAUUUUCGGUCAAUAGGGAAAAAAUACUUUCUUUAAAGUAGAUAAAAAUAUCUCAAUACAUAUGCAUCAAAUAAUCCGUAAUAUGGAACCCAUAAAAACUGCAAGUGAGAGGCCAUAUUGUACUGUUGAGAGCGUGUCGGCUGACAGCUGUACAAGAAUUUACGAUGUAUUGUGGCAUGGCAUCCUGUGGGUAAUAAUCGAUUUGAGUAUUUAUUCCUUUUUACUUAUGGCUUAAUAUACUUUAACGAUUCCUAUUGUUUAUUCUAGUUUUUAAGCCAAUAAUGGUUCUUAGUUUAGCGUUUUCUUUUGUUGCUGUUACAUGUUUAAUUUUAUGAACAUUUAUUAUGUUACUGAUUGUUUUGAUAACAAAAAUUCCACUUUAACAGUAAGUUAUCGUUGUAUUCCAAAUGUUUCACAAGGAUUUUAAAGUAUUUUUUGUUAUCAAUUUUACUUGGUGGAAUGUGAUGAAAAAAAAAGCAACUUCAAUACUCAUGCCUAGUUAUUAUCUCUAGAUUUAUAGGUAACGUGUAAGGGUUAAGAGUAAAGUAUUAAAGCAAUUUAGGUUGUUAGUCUUAUUUUUUUUAUUUCAAUUAACGGGACAUUAAAAUUUAAAAUGCCACAAAAUGUUGUUACUAGUAGGUAACUUGUAUGUCUAGAGAUAAAACUUUAAAAAGUUGAGAGCGGAAACUUUUUUGCCUUUUUAUAGAUGUUGGGUUUACUGAGAUGAAGAACAGAAAUCCACGAAAAAAAAAUUACAGAUUCCAUUUUUAAAAAUAGUUUUUAUUCCUUGUUGUUUAUAAAGACUGUCGCUGUGUAAUCACAUAGUAAAUUAAUGUUAUAAAGACAAACAUGUAUUAAAAAAUCUCGAAUCCAUUUACUUGUAUUCCAUAUUAAAGAAAUAGAUCGUAAGAAAUAGGCAGUUAAUAAAUGUAUCCGCAUGCCAGUUAAAACAUUUAUAUCACUUCUCAAUUGUUUAUUAUAAUAGGAAAAAGUUUAUUGUCGUCCACUUAUAACUCAAUAAAAAUAUCUGUAUUUGAAAA